AUGUCGGAUAAAUUGACUAAAACCAUUCAAAGGUUUCAAUCCAAAAUUGAUGCUGGAUCCUUCUAUGAAGCUCACCAAACAUUGAGAACAAUCACCAAUAGAUACGUCAAAGCCAAACAGUACUCAGAAGCUAGGGAUCUCUUGUAUCAAGGUGCUGACAUCCUCAUUAAAAACAAGGAACACGCUUCCGCAUCCGACUUGAUUCUCUACCUUAUACAAGUUUAUGAGGAAGAAGGAUUGAAAGUUACUGACAGGGAAGCAAAACUUAAAUUAAUUGAUUUGAUUUCAAGCUUGCCCAACAACGAUCCACUGCUCAACGAUUUGGCAAAGGCUAGUAUAACGUGGUCACAGAAAUCGCAAGGCUGUGAAAAAUUUGGUGAUAAUGAAUUGCACCAUUUGUUUGGGUCAAAACUCAUACAAGUGGUGGAGGAGGACAAUAUAGAUUAUGAGCAAAAAGCUAAAAUAUUUGCCGUGGCUGAAUUGCACUUGGUUUUGGGUACAUUUGAAUCAGUGCCGAUUUACGUGAACUUUCUAGUUGCUACUGCAAAAGCCAAUUCAAAUACUGAUGCAGGCGCACUUUUAGCAAGACCUGUGUUGAAUUACGCAUACUUGAAGAAUAUAAAGUUUGUGAAAGAAGCUCAAACAUUGUUUCUCAGAGGUAUUGAUGCCGAGUCAGAAAAAGUUGGGGACAUAGAUUACUAUUCAAAUUAUCCCUUGCUCAACUUUGUUCAAUUGUUGGUCGAAGUGUUACAAAAGGAUCCACAAACAAACAGUCAAAAAUUUAGAAAAUUAUACGACCACUAUAAAUCUGUAUUAAAAGAUGGAGAGUUGUUGGCACCGGUAGAAUACUUGGGCAAAUUUUAUUUCAAUUUAAACAUUGGCAAUUCAAAUAAUCAAGGAGGCUUAAUGGCUAAUCUCAUGAGUGGGUUAUUUAAAUAA